AUGGCAUUGAGAAGCAGAGACUUGGUCAGCACUGUUUUAUUCGGAUGUGUUAUAAUUUUCAGCACCACGCUAUGUCCUGUCUGCGCUUACCUCUUCAAAAACCGCUAUGUCGGUGAUCAUGUGUUCAGAAUAAUUCCUAAGUGCAAGACAGAGGUUCAAGUAGUCAAACAGAUUUUCCAAAACCUCACGGUGGACCUUUGGCAGCCCAACAGUUUAUCUCUGAUUCAAGAGAACAGCUCAGUAGACGUUCAUGUGGGCUGGAACAAAACUCAAUGGUUGAAGAGACAUCUACACCAGGCACAUAUCCACUAUAAGGUACUUAUAUCCAAUCUCCAGACAGAAAUUGAAAAACAGACUGGAUACAGGUCUUCCAGAAAGCGCAGAUCAGAAUUCCAUUAUGACUAUGAAGUGUACCAUCCUUGGGAAGAAAUCCAGAGUUGGAUGUUUGAGAUGAACCGGACACACCCACACCUGGUGGACAUGUUUUCUAUUGGACGGUCCUAUGAGGGACGGCCCCUCUAUGUGCUACAGUUAGGAAAGAGGACACAGCCCUAUAAGAAGGCUGUAUGGAUAGACUGUGGUGUGCAUGCUAGAGAAUGGAUUGGUCCAGCUUUCUGCCAGUGGUUUGUGAAGGAGGCUCUGAACUCCUAUCAACAUGACAUCAGCAUGAGACGACUGAUGAAUCAGCUCAAUUUCUACAUUAUGCCUGUCUUCAAUGUGGAUGGUUACCAUUACAGCUGGAAGACUGAUCGCUUUUGGCGGAAAACCCGGUCAAAGAUUCCAGAGUAUCAUUGUCGGGGAGUGGAUGCCAACCGGAAUUGGAAAGUAAAGUGGUCUGACGAGGGUGCGUCCCUGCACCCCUGUGAUGACACAUACUGUGGUCCAUUCCCUGAGUCAGAGCCCGAGGUCAAAGCUGUCGCCAAGUUUUUACGCAAACACAAGAAACGUGUCAAGGCCUACAUCUCGAUUCACGCCUAUGCUCAGAUGCUCCUUUAUCCCUAUUCCUACAAAUAUGCAACUAUUCCAAACUUUAACUGUGUGGAAUCAGCUGCCCAGAACGCAGUGAGUGCUCUGUACUCAGCUUAUGGAGUGAGAUACAGAUAUGGCCCCGCCUCCACCACACUUUAUUUGAGUUCUGGAAGCUCAAUAGACUGGGCCUAUAAGAAUGGGAUUCUGUAUGCUUUUGCCUUUGAGUUGCGUGAUAAAGGCUACUAUGGCUUCCUAUUGCCCGAAGCCCUGAUUAAUCCCACCUGCACAGAGACCAUGAGAGCUGUAAAAACCAUCGCCUCAGACCUGCUGAAGAAAUGUACCAAAUGACUUUUUUUUUUUUCCUUUCACCUAACUACCACCUCUAUUCUCUUCUGUACCCCAGUUUAGCCCAUAAGCCACAGCAAUAUGUCUCAACUAGCUAUUUACAAAUGUGUCUGUAUGUUAUUUUACAUGUACAGUGACCCUAUAUGUAAAAUAUUUGGACACUUGAGCCUCCCUUGAAAUGUACGAAUGUUUUUGCAUUAUAUAACAAAAUAUCUAAGUGACAUAUCUAAGGUUUUCAAGGGCAAACAAUAGAUAGGGCAAUGGGACACUUUCUGGUACUCAAACGUUAAUAAAACUUAGUUACUGUGCCGAACUACUGUGGUUACUCUGCUAGGACACCUGUGUGAACUUGAGAGGUACUAAGUUCAUACAUUCACCAAAAAAAUAAUAAUAAUAAAAUAAGUAAUUUUUGCAGAUGAAACUUGGUUUGAUAUUUUGUUAUCUAAUGCAAUGGAAAUAAUUCAUUUUUACGUGACUUAUGUGUCCAAAAGUGAUUUUUGGUUUUAUUAGAAAAUAAGGUUUAUUUAUGAAAUUAUUUAAUAAGCCUCUACGUUAAAAUUAAAACAAAUGGUGUUAAGUGUGUUAACAGUGAAGAUAAGCAAGCACUUAAAUUUUGAAUUUCUUGUUCAA